UUCUGCAGCAGCAGAGUGAUUCGGCUUGAGCUGGUGUGCAGCUGCUGUUCCUCUGUUUCUCCGGUGGUUAUCACUUUUUUUUUUUUUAAUCUGAGAAAAUAAAAACACGGUGCCGGUUCGGAGAAUAAACUACAGUAGAGAGAGACAGAGAGAGAGGGAGGAGGUUUUUAUUUAUUUAUUUUUUAAGCGGGCGUCGCCAUCUUCUUGUUAAAUAAAUAUAUAUUUUAAAAAUACAGGCUGGAGAGUAGUCACGUUUUCAAGAUGGCAGACGCCGAACAAGUUUCCUCCACAACUCCAAACGAAGUGGAAGAAGACGAGAUGACGCCUUGGCGUGAGUCAGGUUUCAGUGAGGCCAGAGUUCAGAAAGAACUGGUUCAGGAUGGAAAUGGAGGUUUGUUCGGUGGAGAACAGUAUAUCCAAGAUGUCAGAGAGGUGCAAAAAGCAGCUCAUGUGGAAGAAGAGGAGGAAGAAGUGAGGAGGAGACAGGAGGAGGAGGAGAUGGAUCUGCUGUACACAACCGAGAACAAAGCCGAGGAGACAGAAUGUCUGAAGAAAUCUCUUGAUUCGAUUUCUAAACCUGUGGAGCGUGAAAGCAGCCCAGAGGAACCGCACAGCAGCACUCAGGAUGAAAUUACAGCAUUUAGAGAGGAAGAAGAAGCCUUAAAACUAGUGGAUCUGAAACAGGUGGAGGAGGUAGAGGUUCGAGAACCUGUACAAGCUUUCACACAACUGAUCCAAGACCAAGACCCUGUGGUUUCAUCUGCUACAGAGCUUCAGGAAGCUUUCAGAUCAGAAGAGAUCCAGGAGCAGAUGAUUAUCACCACCAAGCCUCAAGAGGUCUUUAAGUCUGAGCUGGAAGCACAAGAUCAGGACUUUGACAUUAGUAAAUUAGCAAAGGAAGCCUUUUCAGCUCCUGUUGAGCCUGAGAAAGCUGCAAGUUUUGGAACAGUAGAGGAGAAAAAAGAGCCAGAGAGGAAGAACCUGGUGCUGGAGGAAAGCUUCAGAUCCGACUCCGAGUCGACUCCUGCAGCCUCUGCGUCUCCAUCAACCCAUGAACCCAGUCUUCCUUCCUCUGCUGCUGCCACUGCUUCUUUUCCGACUCUGAUGCAGUUGACUUCAGAAUACGAGGAUUCUUCGUUAAUAGCUAGCACACAGCCCAGCCUCAAAACAACCAUGGAUUCAUUCGGCAAUGAUUCACCUUCCAGAAGCAUGCCCAGAUACGACCCGGAUGUAUUAAACCAGUCCGAUGAUGACUUGAUGUUUGAAACGAAAAAGAACCCUUUCCAAGACUUCUCGCCUGUCGAGAAACCCGCAAGCGAGUUCUCCCCUUUUGGAGAAACUACAGCAGCAAAGAUGUCGGAUAGUCCAUCUCCAGAUCUGGUCCAGAACGCCCAUGACGGAGAGCUGCAGGACAAUUCGCUCAAGCAGGAGUAUGAGCAGUCUUUUGAUUCCAGAGAAGCAGCCACCGAGUCUCUGAGGCAACAGCUUGCUUCGUCUGACUUUUUUGGGACUGCUCCUAAAGAUAAUGAGGAAUCUGGUUUGCCACCAUCUCUCCCAGAUAUUUUGAAGUCUUCACCACGCAAACACGAUAAAGUAGACUCGGGAUCGUCAGAGGGAAGUCCUGAUUUCAGUCCAGUCCAUAGGAGUGGUAAUGAUUCACCAAAUGCUCCUUUUUUGCUGUCUGCCAACAAUCCAUUUGCUUUCGAAGCCAAGGUUCCUUUGGUUAAGGAGAUGACCGAAGAGACUGAGGCAAGGGCUGCAGAAAAGGCAAGGAUUGAUGAAGAAGAAGAAGAAGAAGAAGAAAAGGUUUCAGAGCAAAUAUUUGGCACAUUUGAUCUUGUUAAGGAGACUGAAAUUUCUACAAAAGGCACUGAAACCACCAUUGAAGACCAAGAUGAUUUUAAGGCUUUGAGCCAAGAUUCCGCUCCGAUGGUUGACCGGUUCGAAUGCCUCAGCUUUCCAACCGGAAAGGCCCAAGAACACUCUGACUCCGAGAGCCCAUCUGCAGAUUCACUCUCUCCAGUCUUGGAGGCCAUGGCAAAGAACCCAGCAAGUUUCCAGAUCGAACCCGAGAAGAACAUUGUGCAGGAGGAAGCAGAGGCGGCGGAUGAGAUUUCUGAGCAAGAGGUAUCAUCUGAAGAGUUCGAGUUUGUCGAGAAGCCACCUCGAGGUGCCGUUGAUGAAUUUUUGGAGACGCUUGAAAACUCAAAGUUUGCAAAGGCAUCAGAAAUGGUUGAUGAUGAUGAGGACACAGCUAAAUUUGCAGAGCAGAUGGAAGAGAUGAUCCCAGCUGCACAAGAAACAAAGAGUCAAAGUUACUUUCUCCUCACUGAACCAUCAAACGAGACCUCUCCAGCGAGAGGUAAGGCAGGCCUUGAGUUGCCCGAUUUCCAAGUGCCCUCCCAGGCUCCUCUGGCACCUAAUCCUGUGGUCAAAACUGAGAUGGUGGCUGUGAAGAAGGCAGAACCGAAAGACCUCAAGCUGCCUAACCUGAAUGCAGGAGCAGUGGUGGAGCUGCUGUACUGGCGCGAUGUGAAGAAUUCGGGCAUCGUGUUUGGAGCGAGCCUCCUGCUCCUGCUGUCGCUCAGUGUGUGCAGCAUCAUCAGCGUGCUGUCCUACGUGGCCCUGGCGCUGCUCUCCGUCACCAUCAGCUUCAGGAUAUACAAGGGGGUGCUGCAGGCCAUCCAGAAGAGCGACGAAGGCCACCCGUUUAAGCUAUAUCUGGAGCAGGACGUCUCUCUGCCUGAUGAAGUGGUCCGCAAAUACAGCGACAUAGCCCUCGGCCGGAUCAACACCGCCAUCAACGAGCUGCGCCGCCUCUUCCUGGUUGAGGACCUGGUCGAUUCCCUGAAGUUUGCUGUGCUCAUGUGGAUCCUGACAUACGUCGGUGCCUUGUUCAACGGACUCACUCUUCUCAUUCUGGGUCUGGUUGCAAUGUUCACCUUCCCAGUUGUGUAUGAAAAACAUCAGGCACAGAUCGACCAUUACAUCGCCUUGGUGAGGAACCAGGUCAAGGAUAUUGUUGGAAAAAUCCAGGCUAAAAUCCCGGGUGCAAAGAAGAAGGCAGAGUGAAGGGGGCGUUCAUUGCAGAGGAUCAGGGUUUUUCUCAUGCCCUGUUUGUGCACGUGCACUCUCUCUCAAAUCUCUCCACUACACAAGCCGUCACACCCAGUGGAAAUCCUGCUCGUUCUUCUUUCUGCCUUUUCUUUUUCUCUCUUCAUAACCAGUCGCUACGAUGAAGUUGUAAACCGUUUUGAGCCACUACUUAUUUAUCUUGACACACUGACUGGUAUGAUAAGACAAGACUCGUGUUUCCUGACAGAGCGAUUAUAGUAUUCCAUUAACUGGGUUUGUCGUUGUCAUUGUCUUCUAGUUCCUGUUAUGUUUCAGAAAAAAAAUUAAUCGCACCUUUUUUUUUUUAAAUUAUAAAUGAGGGAUACUUUUAAUGGUACCAUUUUUUUGAGGCAAAAACUUUGGUAUCUGUCCAUUUAAUUUUUAAUUUUUUUUUUUUGGCAAGGUCUAGUGUUCCUGUAAUUGUCCUGUUUGAUUGAACUGUGUAGAAACCUUUCACAAGUGGCUCUUGUGUUAGCAAAAGAGUUGCUCCAUCCAUCAGCACAUCAUGCUUGAGUAUUUCUAGACGCAUUAGACUCCAUGCUAAGAGAUAAGAUGACACACAUGCAAACAUUAUUGAGACGCCAUCUUUCCUCUUAUCUCAUCUUGUCUCAUCGCAGCUUAUUUCAUGAAAUCUCUGGAAUGGAACGAACGAAAAAACGUUUACAAGACAUUUGACUUGGAGAAAUGUUUUAAAAAAAAAAAAGUUAUUUGUGGACCCAAUACCUAAAGCUGCAACGUUAUGUAACAUGACUUUAACAUAGUUUGUUAUGCAAGUAAUUGUGAAUAUUUCAUGCGGUCAUGGUGAACAUCUGUGGAAUGCAUUGUGAGAUGUUAAUAAACAAGCACCAAUAAAGCUUCUAGACGAA